AUGGCCAAGAAGAAACACUGGCAGCCUCCCCCACAAACUCACACAGUCCAGGAGGUGAAGCCAGAGGCUAGUCCGAACGUGGGCCACAGCAGGCUGGUAGUGAGCAUCAUUCCACUCUGCCCUGAACACUCUUGCAGGGGUAGAAAGCUGGAAGGGGUAGAAAGGGGUAGAAAGCUGGAAACUUCUCUCAUGGAAUCUCAUAACCUGAGCUCUUCCUCUCCCCUCCUUUCUCUCCCUCCCUCCGCUCUCCCUGCCUCCCUCCCCACCUCCCUCCCUCCCUUCCUCUCCUCCUCUCCUUCAGCCUUCACCACAGACUUGGGGGCCACCAGAGAGGCCACGGUUUCCUGCUUCCCAGCCUUCUCCCCCACCGUGUCUACCCUCCUGGCGCCGAUCCUGGGUAUGGAGUUCAUCCUGGGCCUGGUGGGGAACAGCUUGGCGCUCUUCAUCUUCUGCUUCCACACGCGGCCCUGGACGUCGAACACGGUUUUCCUGGUCAGCCUGGUCGUUGCCGACUUUCUCCUGAUCAUCAACCUGCCCCUUCGCGUGGACUACUACUUCCUGCAGGAGCACUGGCGCUUUGGGGCCACCGCCUGCAAGCUCAACCUCUUCAUGCUGUCCACCAACCGCUCGGCCAGUGUGGUCUUCCUCACGGCCGUUGCACUCAACCGCUACCUGAAGGUGGUGUGGCCCCACCACAUGCUGAGCCGGGCCUCCGUGUGGGCGGCCGCCAGGGUGGCCGGGGGGCUCUGGGCCAGCAUCCUGCUCCUCAACGGGCACCUGCUCCUGGCUGCCUAUACCGACGGCUCCUGCCUCAGUUACCGGCUGAGUGCGAGGCCCUCGGCCUCACUCCACUGGCACCAGGCCCUGUUUGUGCUAGAAUUCUUCCUGCCGCUGGCCCUCAUCCUCUUUGCCAUUGUGAGCAUUGGGCUCACGAUCCGGCACCGCAGCCUGGGGGGGCAGGCGGGCCCGCAGAGAGCCGUGCGCAUGCUGGCCGCGGUGGUGGCCGUCUACACCGUCUGCUUCUUGCCCAGCGUCGUCUUCGGCAUGGCUUCCAUGGUGGCCUUCCGCCUGCAUGCCUGCCACGCCCUCGACCUCUGCACACAGCUCUUCCACGGCUCCCUGGCCGUUACUUACCUCAACAGUGUCCUGGACCCCGUGCUCUACUGCUUCUCAAGCCCCAACUUCCUCUGCCAGGUCCAGGCCCUGCUGGGCCUCAGCCAGGGCUGGCAGGGCCCAGCCAGUGGCGAGAGCUCCUACCAGCCCUCCGCCCGGCACCGGGAGGCCUCUAGGAAGGCGCAGGCUGCAGAGAAGCUGCAGGUGGAGGUCUCGCUGGAGGGCCUGCUCAAGUAA